CCGCCGCAGCCGCCGCCUCCAGUCCCCGGACCCCGGCCUGGCGGGGCGACGCUGGGUGAGCGUUCGGGCCGGCGGGGGCGCCGACUGGGAGCGGGGAGCGGCAGCCGCGCGGGCGGGAGAGGCUGGCGAGGCGGAGGCGCAGGGAGGCGGCGCGGGUCGCGUGGGGCGGCCUCCUCGCUCAGCAUUAUGGAUCCAAGCCUUUUGAGAGAAAGGGAGCUGUUCAGAAAACGAGCCCUUAACACUCCUGUAGUAGAAAAACGUUCAGUAUCUUCUGAGUCAUCAGCAUCAUCAUCGAAGAAGAAGAAAGCAAAACUAGAACAUGGAGGGUCAUCAGGCUCUAAACAAAAUUCAGAUCAUAGCAAUGGAUCAUUUAACUUGAAAGCUCUUUCAGGAAGCUCUGGAUAUAAGUUUGGUGUUCUUGCUAAGAUAGUGAAUUAUAUGAAAACGCGUCAUCAGCGAGGAGAUACACAUCCUCUAACUUUAGAAGAAAUUUUGGAUGAAACACAACAUUUAGAUAUUGGACUCAAGCAGAAACAAUGGCUAAUGUCUGAGGCAUUAGUCAAUAAUCCCAAAAUUGAAGUAAUAGAUGGGAAGUAUGCCUUCAAGCCCAAGUACAAUUUAAAAGAUAAGAAGGCUCUGCUUAGGCUCUUAGAUAAGCAUGACCAGCGAGGCUUAGGAGGAAUUCUUCUAGAAGAUAUAGAGGAAGGACUGCCCAAUUCCCAGAAAGCUGUCAAGGCUUUAGGGGACCAGAUAUUAUUUGUAAAUCGUCCUGAUAAGAAGAAAAUUCUUUUCUUCAAUGAUAAAAGCUGUCAAUUUUCUGUGGACGAAGAGUUUCAGAAACUGUGGAGGAGUGUCACUGUGGAUUCAAUGGAUGAGGAGAAAAUUGAAGAAUAUCUGAAGCGACAGGGUAUUUCUUCCAUGCAGGAAUCCGGACCAAAGAAAGUGGCCCCUAUCCAGAGAAGGAAAAAGCCUGCUUCACAGAAAAAGCGACGAUUUAAGACUCAUAACGAACACAUGGCUGGAGUGCUGAAGGACUACUCCGACAUUGCUCCUAGCAAAUAAUGAACAGUUUUGUAGAUACGGACAACAAGGCCCAGAGGACUGAAUGCAUACAGAUGUCACUUUCCCAAUAGCGCUGCCAAGGACGGGGAGACCCUGGCUGGCCUCCAGGGGGAGCCCCUGCCAGGCCCCUACCCCCAUCCCCACCCCGCCACAGGGCUCACUGUUUGCACUCUGCUGUCCCCUCUCCGGGGACCGACUCCCAGCGUCACACGUGCCUUUAGAAAUAACCACCAGAGGGGCUUCCCAGGUGCUGGGCGCAGUUACGGUAGCCAUUAUUAAUACACACCCCGGCUCUGCCAUCUUCUCCUCUGUGGCUCUCACAGUGUGGCAUGCAGACCCUCAGCAUCACCCGAGAACAUGUCAGCAAUGCAGAAACUCUAGGGAUGCGGCCCGAGCACCUGCACUUAACAAGCUCCCAGGACAACGGGGCCUGUGCUCCAGCCUGAGGCUGUUCUUGAAUGAGGCGGACAGACGUGUGGCCGGAAGCUGACCGGAAGAGAUGCUGUGCAAACAGGUUUGAGAGAAAACAGUCUCCCCUCAGCAGGUCCCACACACACAUGGGCACAGUAAAGGCUGAGAGUCCACCAUAAAGAAGCCGGUCUGACACGCACGGACCCCGGGUUCUCCAGGUUUAUUAUCUGACUGCAGCCUCUUUUCACUGAGUGCCAGCUGCAGUAACGGAGGGCGGUGAGACACGUUGGCCUGGAAGGUCCUUUCUGAUGGUGGCGUUUGGUGGAUCCUAGGACACUAACUAGAGCUGGAAGGGCCCCAGCCGGCCGGCGCCGUGGACGUCCAAUCUGUAAGGCGCUUCCCUUCCCCUGUGCAGACGCUACGCCCACAUGCUCGCUCCCCCCAGCUCCCCGUUCAGAACCAGGCUCGCGGAGCCCACUGCUGCAGCCGCUCACAACUCGGCCAACUCUGCCCUCCCUCGGCGUGGGGACUGUCACUGCUGAGCAUCACAAAGGAAGCCCGUCAGCCCCACAGCGAACUCGGCUCAAGGUUGUCAGGCUGAAGGAAAGGCCACCAAGCCAGAUGUAUACCUACUCUGAUCCAAGAAGCUCGCUGACGAUUUGUAAUACAAUAAAGAUGGAACUCUUUGUGGGACUAAUUGUAGGGUUCGUUCAAGCAGCAACCCUCCCCAUUUUUAAUACAGCAUUCUCCCCACUGGAAGAACAUUUGGGAAUUUGUUCCAAGAAACGAGGCCCACUGACGACCACUCUGUAAGGGAACUUCCAGUCCCAUCUCCCUCUGCCCCUGUCCUAACAGACACGGAGGGCGUGCAGUGCAAUCAGCACUCUUCACUCACGGGCUGGCAUGUAACAGUCCUUGCCUCGGGCAAUGCAACGGGCUGCCACUGUCUAGGCGUGCUGUCACGUCUCACAGGAAGAGUUGGCUCCAAAGUUAUCUGCCACCUUAUCCCCGGCUGAUGACACACAAGGCCCUGAGCUCCUGCCCACCUCCCUGUCCAAAUGGUGGGAUAUUGCUGAGCUCUGAGCCUGGGCAGGAGCGAGAUCUAGACAUCCCUCCCUCCCCCCAAUGCGAGGCGUAGGACUGAGCACCUGCUGAGACCAGUGAGGCUUGGCCUUAAUUAAACAUAAGCCCUCGGGGAUGGCUUUCUCUUCUGGGCUUUUAGACUCUAACCCUGUCUGUCCUGAGCACAAGCCAGGCUCUGACUUCCAAACAGGCAUGUGAAAUGCGCUCAGACGUCCCAGAAGCUCAUGCAAGACGCAGCUUGGGUCGAGGCACCCAAGCAUGUAACGCCCUGUGUCAGAUCAAGUCCAUCGCGGCUGCCUGUCAUCCAUAUUUAAUUGUGUCGGCCUGUUAAUUUUUAACCAUGUUUGCGACGGAGGGCCAUUAGAGGUCUCCGGGAGCCGAGCUCGGCGAAGCGAGAACAACUCCGGGGAGAACGGCUGAGGCUGGACCCGGGGCGCCCCACUUUCCCACCCGUCCCCGCGCCCGGGCCUUCCCCGCCAGCAGCACCGAGCCUGAAUAAAACAUGAUCCCAUCUGGAGCCGGUGUUCCUUCUGCCCCUGUCACAACCGGUUAUCUUCAAGGAGGAGUUCACUUUCUCUUUAUGGAGGAUGUGUGUUAUCAUGGCGGAGUUUCUCUGCAGCUUUGGUGUUGUUGCCAAAGCAGUAAGAGCGCGCUCUGGGCGCCUGUUCCUGUAAAACGAGGCCUAAGCCCGGGGUGGACGGCCCCCGCCUGAGCCAGCGCCCCCUCCGCACACCACAGCCACGGGCACCACCUAGCUCUGACAAAAAGAGCGAUUUUAAUCAUUACUGGACAACGCCAAGCACCGUACUCUUUCCUACCAAGUAACGCCCUGAAGCAGGUGUCCCUUCUUCCUUACAGAUGAGGAAACAGCUCGGAGAAAUUUUUAAAAAGCCUGCUACAGCCCCAAAGUUAGCAGAACGGGUGGAAACCCUCAUUAAGACGGGGCUUUUUUGAAGUAAAGGGCUGUGACCCUAUGAGCUUUGUGCUGAGCCAUCCCGACGGUCAGACCUGCCUCUGUGAAUCCCCAUGUGGCAGAGGCUGGCUCCCCGAUGUGCCUGCGGGCAUGACUCCGAGCCUCAGAGAUGGGCUGUUGUGGCCAACGAGGCCAGGAACAGAGACCGAGGAUGUAAGGAGCUUGGCCUCAGAGUGGAACCUGCUCAAGAAACCCGGAAAACUGCACCGAUGGAGGCCACCCGGCUGCCCUGUCAGGGGGUCCCCUCUGAGCUGUUCUCGCACCCUGGGAUCAGCGACCCUGGGCAGGGCAUGGCCCGGGGGGCUGACUUGUUUUAGAGCGGGAACUGCCAGAGGCUGCCCGGUUGGGCAGGUCUGGCCUCGGAAGCUGCAGCUCUGCCAAAGGCAUGACUCCAGCAACAACGGCUGAGGUGAGGCCGGCGAGGCAGGGCGCAGGCCCAUGUUUCUCACUUCCUGAGUUCCCCCAACGCCUGGCAGAAGGGAAGGGACGGGCAGGACGGACAUGCUGAGAAGGUGUUUGCUGGGCUAGGAGUGAGAUCCUCUGGGGUUCAGCCAUAGGACCGCGGUGGUGAGAAUGACGAGGCACAAGAUGCAACUCCAGCCACCUGGAAAUGAGGCUGGUUCCAGUCCUAGCAAAGGGGGUGGGGGUGGCGGGAGGAGGAGUAACUGCAGGAAGAACCAGCCAGAAAGCCCAGGGAGGAAGGUGGGAUCUGAUCCGGCCUCCGAUAGAAAAGCAAGAUAAGGCCGCAGCUGGGAAGUUCAGGGCCAGCGGUGUGAGUGCAGCAAAACACACCAACUGCUUGGCCUCUGGGAUGGCAGCUGUUUCCUGUUCUUGAUCCACUUCCUGCGGAGCGUUCUUCUCGGGCAGGCGCGUCGGGCCGGGCUGUGGGGAGACUCCCCCUGUGGGUGCCACGCUCAGCAGCAAGCACGCUGCUGGCUGGGUGCAGACACCUCCUCGUCUUGCUCCGUCCCUGCCAUUCUUCCCAGCUUGGCCUUCCUCGGGGCGGCGCCUCUGGAACCCGGCUGCUGCUGCCAGGGGUGCGGAGUGUCCUCGGUGCUGAACUAGCAGCGCCUCGUGGUGCUGGUCCCAGGUUCCCUUCUCUUCAUUGACAAUCCGUACGCUCCCUGCGGGCUCAUGUUACCGAGCCCUUAGGUGAGCCGGGCACUCUUUCAAGAGUCUCACACAAGGGCUCCUCAUUCCCACUGACAGCAAUUCUGAGGCUGAGGCCCCUGCUCAGACAGGUCACACUGCAGGGCCUGGGCAGACAGGCAGCCGCAACCCACAGCAGGGCACCAGGAAAGGCCAGGGGAGGCGCUCCCGAGCUCACUGCCUGGCCGCCCGCCCCGCCUCCCAGGGGGCUUAAGGCAGAUGCUCCUGGGUGACCAGACACUGGACAGAGCUGGCACCUUCAGGAACACCAGAGGGUGCUUUCUCCUCGCAGCCUGACCUUCAGAGCUGCAGGGUUAGGCAGAAAGGAAUGCCAGAGGAUUCCUAGCUUCAUGUAUGUCUGAGCCACAGAAAGCCUCGAGGACAGCCCCAGGCUCCUUCAAGCUGUGGUCCCCAGACAGUGCCCAGCCCAGGUGGCGAGAGGACCACACACCCUUUUGGGAAAGGCCUUGAGGAUGAGGAAGCAGGGAUUCAGGGCUGAGGCCAUGUAUGAUGCUCCUAAGUGAGGCCCAGACCUCAGGACUCCUCCCUCCCCUUCGGGAGGCUGCUGGCUAGAAGUGUUGAACCCUCCCGGCUCCCGCGACGGCUUUCUUGACGGGUCCCCCUGCAGGACCAGCCACCGUGACAGCACUGGAUGCUGCCUCUGAACAGGAGCGGGGGAUGGGAAACGAGUCCUUCUGUGAGUCCCAACGGGUGUGGGGCUGCAGUGCACACCAGCAGCUGCCAGGCCGCGGGCUGUGUGCUCACCUGAGGCCACUCACACCUGCUCUGCUCCCUGCCUCUGGCAAAACACUGCUUGCUUGUGGUCUCUGUGCUUAACAUACAUCCCAUCCCAAACCAGACAGUCUCGUGUCCUCUUUACCCCUAUCCUCUACAGGGCACAGUUAGUGAUGGAGAAGAUGCUUAAUAGCAUUUGUUUUUUUUUUAACAAACAGUUCUAAAGGGCAGCGCUCAGACGUCUGCGGUGCGGCCGAGUCCACGCCGGGAGACGGCGGUGGCACACCCCGCGUCAGGCCACCGCGUGCCACGCCUGGGCCCGCUUCCCCCACGAUCCCCCCUCCCUAUUUGCUGUGUCUCUUUUCCCAUGGUCCAUUUUUGUACUUAUUUUGCAUUUAACCUUUUAAAUUUUUCCAGUGUGUCACAAGGGACCUCCCAAGGGGCAUGUCUUGCCCCUGGGAAGUCUGUGCUGUGAUUUUAAAACCUUUGUUUACGUGCAGGUGACGUGUCCGAGUCCAGGGCCAAGAGACAGCCUGUGAGAUCUGCUGCUGCUCAGGCAGAGGGGCCACCGGAGCACACACAGGCACCAGCACCUGCUUUCCCAGCCCCCGACCUGCCGAAGGCCUGGCCUAAGAGCGUGCCCCUGGCCUAGGGGACGUGGCAUUGUUUCUGGAAUGUGGUGAGGACUGUGCUUUCAUUGACUUUCUUGCUGCCCCAUCGGCAACAAGACAGAGCGACACUGAACCCACACGACACACGGAGAUGUGUGACCACGAGGUGACCGGAGCAGCUGGGCGUCCUCCGCAGAGUCCUGUGCUCCCGAAGGCCAUGGAGGAAGCCUCCCUCGCCUGUUCAAUGACUCAAAAAACAUAGCCAAUAAAUUUCAAAUACCAAUGGCCCUGAAAGUAAACAGGAUGAUCACGUCUAAAAAUAUGAAUGACCUUCUCAGAAGUCAAAUGUUUGCUGCACCAAGUAGUGUUUCAUCUCAAUAAAAAUAAAGCAAGACUGAGGCCUACAAUCCUACCACCAUAUCCAACGAUUCUUUAGGAGCAGGAUUGGAUGUCAGUUUAAGAGAUGGAGACACCAGACCGUGAACUGAAGGUGCAUGGAACUAGAUGUGUGAUGCGACUCCUCUUCCUUGACAGCUCUCCCGUCUCCUGGGUCCUCCUCCUUCCGGACCGGGGUGGGUAACCGGCAAACACAUUGCUUGCUUCAAAUAGGCUUCCACCGGCCACACAUCCCAUCCUGCUGAAGCCAGGUCUCCGGGUAGACGCGAUCCCUUGAUGCUUGAACGGCAAUCUUCCAAUGCACAGCGCUUGAGGGUUCGGAGCGCGAGAAGGUGGAAGCAGCGGCAGCGAGGCCCCAGCUCUGGGCUGCCUCACCGCUAGAGGCUCCUCCUCUUCCUCCUCCUCCUGAAGAACAUACUUAAGAGUCACUGGGCCUACUUCUCCCACAAUCUCAGCCGGAGGUGACGCCUUAGCUCCACAAUCCCAUCCUCAUGAAAACAAAACGCUGCAGUCGACUUGAGAUCGUUUUUUGCUCUGAUUAAAAUUUUUAUUGAAUUUUC